AUGAGAAGACAACCGACUGCGCCCUCUAUCGGUAAACCCACAGGAGUCAAGACAAGGCCGCCGCCGCCACACCGUUCGAAUUCCUCCAACUCAGCUCUUCUCAAGCAAUGGCGUCUGUGGACUAAAUUGCUUUUCCUGUUUGCUUGCUUGUUUUACUCCAUCUUUAAUUUCUCUUUCUCCCGUUUUUUUUUAAAUUCUUUUUUUCUAUUCUUUCUUUUAAUUGUUCAUUUCUUUCUUUUUGUUGUUCAUUUGUUUCUUGCGUCAUUUGUCCCUUCAUUUCUUUCUUUUGUUCCUUUCUUCAUUUCUUUCUUUUGUCCCUUCAUUUCUUUCUUUUGUUUCUUUCUUCAUUUCUUUCUUUUUUUUUUUUCUCCAUUUCUUUUCUUUCUUUUGUUUCUUUCUUCAUUUCUUUCUUUUGUCCCUUCAUUUCUUUCUUUUGUUUCUUUCUUCAUUUCUUUCUUUUUUUUCUUUCUCCAUUUCUUUCUUUCUUUUGUUCUUUUCUUACUUUUGUCCCUUCAUUUCUUUCUUUCUUUUGUUCUUUUCUUUCUUUUGUCCCUUCAUUUCUUUCUUUUGUUCCUUUCUUCAUUUCUUUCUUUCUUUUGUUCUUUUCUUUCUUUUUUCCCUUCAUUUCUUUCUUUUGUUCCUUUCUUCAUUUCUUUCUUUUUGUUCUUUUCUUUCUUUUGUCCCUUCAUUUCUUUCUUUUGUUCCUUUCUUUCUUUCUUUUGUAUCUUCAUUUCUUUCUUUUGUUCCUUUCUUUCUUUCUUUCUUUCUUUUGUACCUUCAUUUCUUUCUUUUGUUUGUUUAAUUCUUUCUUUUGUUCUUCAUUUCUUUCUUUUGUUUCUUUCUUUCUUUCGUUCAUUUCUCUCUUUCUUUCGUUCGUUUCUGUAUUUCGUCCAUUCAUUUCUUCCUUUCUAUAUUUUUAACUUAUCCAUCUUUAUCUUUCUCACUUACUUUAUUAUCUUUUAA